AUGGGGGAUAUACCUUACAUUACGCUGUAUAAUAGUACAGAUGAAGAAGAUAUACCUUUAGUUGUAAAGAAAUCACAUGUAUCCACAUCUAUCUGUUCUAUAUCAAGUGAGUCGUCAAUAACAUUAAACCUUGAAGAAAACCCCUUUAUUGAUCCUGAAGUCGCUGAGUAUUACCGAAAUGUAUAUGAUAGAUCACAUUAUGAAUGUCGUGGGGAAUUUGAUCCCGACUUAAAAUGGACACUUGAAGAAGAAAAGAACGUGGUAAGGAAAUUAGAUAAGAAAGCUGCUUUGUUUGCAUGUAUUAUGUUUGUUGGAUUACAAAUUGAUAGAGGUAAUCUUGGACAAGCUGUAAGUGAUAAUAUGUUGGGUGAUCUUAACUUGACUACUGAUGAUUACAACACUGCAAACACGAUCUUUUUAAUUAUGUUUAUUCUUGCCGAGCUCCCAUCUCAACUUGUAUCUAAAUGGAUUGGCCCUGAUAGAUGGAUACCUAUCCAGAUGAUUUCAUGGAGUCUCGUCGCAUCUCUGCAAGCGUUCAUCAAUAGUAAAACUGCAUUCUUCGUUGCGAGAGCUCUUACCGCCUUAUUGCUGGGAGGGUUCAUCCCAACUAUGGUUCUUUGGCUCUCGUAUUUUUAUAAAUCAAAGGAACUUCCAGUGAGAUUGUCUUGGUUUUGGACAACAUUAUCCAUAGUCCAGAUUUUCACAUCUAUUUUAGCAUUUGGUAUUUUACGAUUACGUGGGGUUUUAGGUUGGGAAGGUUGGAGAUGGUUAUUUUUACUAGAAGGAACGUUUACAUUCUUUAUUGGAAUAGGUUCAAUAUUUAUGAUGGUUCCGUCUGCUGUUCAAACAAAGACUUGGUUGACACCUAAUGGUUGGUUUACUCCAAGGGAAUUGGGUAUUGUGGUUAAUAGAGUCUUGAGAGACGACCCUUCAAAGGGAGAUAUGAACAACCGCCAAGCAUUGUCAUUUUCAGGAGUCCUUAAAUCGCUUUAUGAUUACGACCUCUGGCCAAUUUAUUUCAUUGGAUUAAUUGCAUACGUUCCUGUAAGCACUAUGAAUUCAUAUCUUACAAUAACUCUUAAAAACCUUGGUUGGUCUACUUUCAACGUUAACUUGCUUACUAUCCCUCAUAACAUAUUCCAUAUUAUUACACUUUUGGGAAUAACGGGACUUUCUGAAAGACUAAACGAACGUAGUUUGGUCUCCUUAUUGGUUCCGUUGUGGCUACUCCCAUUGCUUGGGUUUUUAUGUUGGUGGAAAGGUUCCAUGGUAAAUCCAUGGGGUACUUGGGCAUUAUGUAAUCUAAUAUUGGGAGCACCCUAUAUUCAUGCUAUCUGUGUUUCAUGGGUUUCACGAAAUUCUGGCAGCAUAAGAACUCGAUCUGUCUCUUCCGCAAUAUACAAUAUGAGUGUGCAAGUUGGAGGGAUAUUUGCUGCUAAUAUAUAUAGGUCUGAUGAUGCCCCGAUUUAUAAAAGAGGUAACCGAACCUUAUUUUGGAUAUCAUUCACCUUAAUACCACUUCUUUUAGGAACUAAAUGGUAUUAUUCGUGGAGAAACAAAUGUCGAGAACAAAUUUGGAAUAGAAUGUCACCACAAGAAAGGUAUGCCUAUAUGCAUGGAACCACUGAUGAAGGAAAUAAAAGAUUAGAUUUCAGGUUCGCUACUUAG